GCGUUUCUUCCACCCCAUCGUAUUCAACCGUUACAGUCGGAGACUUCUUUCGUACACAAUGUUCCGCUCCUGGGGUGAGUUCAACAGUUGCGCCACGGAGGUCUUUCAUCUCUUCGCAGAGCCCUUGGUCAACAAGAGACGUGAAGUUCUUCCUUCACCUGGUCUUGUACGACAGUCCAACAGUAGCACCACUGUCGAAGAAGUUGGCUUGCGUCGUGCGGGCAUGGAGUGCGCCUUCUACGUCCUCUUCGGCCGCUAUCCAUCUCCGACGCUCCUCACAGACUGCUUCGGUUCCGCGUUCUCGUCCAGCCCAUCGCACGUCCCUGCACAUUGCCACGCGAGCCGAUCGUCGCGUGUCCCAGACAUCGCACAAAAGGAAAAGGAAAGAGUGUUUCAAGGUUAUUCUCCCGAGGAAACAGCGACGGGGUUGCAUUACCAUAGCAGCCGUACGAAACUGAUCUGUCUAGAGGCCUUCUUGAGAUUUGUGCGGCUAUGCGCUGAGGAGGAGGGGCCAGGACUGGUUGCCGCUCGUCCCCAGCCUUACCACGCCAUGAACGCUGAACCAGACAGCAGUGAUUCUUUAUCUCUGCCGUCGGAGGCCGGUAAGGCCGCAACGCUGCAGUGCUGGCGUCAAUUUGAAAGCGUGGCCGGCGCCAAAGGUUACAUAACGUUGGAAGACGUGCGUUCUAUUUCGAUGCAACACCCUUUUCAGGAUGUCCGCGCGGUGCUCGAAGAACCCACGCUGUCUGCCUCUGUUGUCAAACGUGGAAGCUCUGCGACGAAGGAUGCUGAGUUGUCCAGGCGCCAAAAGGCGUUGGCGCAGCAUGUGCUCUGGAUCAUGGACAGAGACCACGACGGCAAGGUUUGUUUCGACGACGUGAAGCCCUACUUGUUGGGUUCCGUUUAA